CAAUUCUGGUCAACUUCCGCUUUAAUUUGUUGACAGUUAGCUUGCAGGCGAAAAACACGAGUAUGAUGUUCACUAUUCACACAUUUCUCCUUUCAAUCUAUACCAUGCCAUUAACCGACUUCCUAAGUUCUAUCCGAAGUUAAUAACGAUAUACCCUCAGUGUUUCAAUACAAGUAGUAGUUACCUAGCUAGCGUGCUAGCCGACUGUUUUGCUAGCUAGCUAGGCGUCGUGUCCCAAAUUGCUCUGCGCUCCCUUAUUUAAGUGCCCUAACUAGAGUGCGAGGUGUUUGCGACGUAGCGCACUUCGUGUUUGAUAGAGAGCGUAUUUGGGAUUCGGCCCCAGCUGAUAGGAAAGCAGCUGUGUGUAGAUUAUGAUUAUGAGUUUGUUAUGCUUUUACUGGUUUUGAAUAACGUCUGCGCCAUGGCAACGGAAGGGAUUGUGAUCCGGAUAAAGACACCGGUCGGUGACAUGGACUCAUCAGUAGAUUGUCCGUCACUUUUGAGCUUUAACGACUUACUGAUCGCAAUUAGAGACGUGAUGCCUGAAGCGACCAUUACAGCGUUUGAAUAUGAGGAUGAAGUUGGUGACAGGAUCACAGUUCGGAGUGAUGAAGAACUAAAGGCUAUGCUAUCCUAUUACUGCAAUACAGUGAUGGAGCAGCGCAUGAAUGGACUCCUUCCAGAGCCACUUCAGAUCUUUCCUCGAGCCGGCAAGACUCCUGGGAACCGGAACAUCCACGGCCUCAAGGUGAACACGCGCCAUGGCUCGUCCAGCAGCCGCGGAGCCUCUCCUGCUGAGUCUCUGUCCAACAACAGUUUAAAGAAAUCCUCUGCCGAGCUGAAAAAGAUACUGACCAAUGGCCAGAUAAAUGAACAAGACAUCCAGUACCAGGAGCAGCUUGGCCACGGAAAUGGGGGAACUGUAUACAAAGCGUACCAUGUUCUGGGGAAGAGGGUUUUAGCAGUGAAGGUCAUUCCUCUUGAUAUCACAGUGGAACUGCAGAAACAGAUCAUGUCUGAGCUGGAGAUCCUUUACAAGUGCGACUCUCCAUACAUCAUAAAGUUCUACAGCGCCUUCUUUGUGGAGAACCGAAUAUCUAUAUGCACAGAGUUUAUGGACGGCGGAUCUCUGGAUGUUUACAGGAGGAUUCCAGAACACGUCCUGGGCCGGAUUGCUGUGGCAGUGGUGAAAGGCCUGACGUAUUUGUGGAGCCUGAAGAUUUUGCAUAGAGAUGUGAAGCCGUCCAACAUGCUUGUAAACACAAGAGGCCAAGUAAAACUGUGUGACUUUGGAGUCAGCACUCAACUGGUUAACUCUAUUGCCAAAACGUACGUCGGAACCAACGCAUACAUGGCGCCAGAACGAAUAUCAGGGGAGCAAUAUGGAAUUCAUUCAGAUGUAUGGAGUCUAGGAAUCUCUUUCAUGGAGCUGGCGCUUGGCCACUUCCCCUAUCGCCAGAUUCAGAAAAACCAAGGCUCCUUAAUACCUCUCCAGUUAUUGCAGUGCAUCGUUGAUGAGGAUCCUCCUAUGCUUCCAGUCAGUCAGUUCAGUGACAAAUUUGUGCACUUCAUAACACAGUGCAUGAAAAAACAGCCAAAAGAACGUCCUGCUCCCAAUAACCUCAUGGACCAUCCAUUUAUCACACAAUACGAUGACGGGAAUACCGAGGUAGUGUCCAUGUGGGUGUGUCGGAGCUUGGAGGACCGCAAAUCCCAGCAGGCUCAGGGGCUAAUGUAAGGAGCCGUGACACAACAAGGAGCCUCUUUUUUUUCUUUCUUUCUAUCAAGUGCCACUGAGUGUACAGAGGUUUAAUGGCUGGACUUACUUGAAGGAGACCACCUAUAAACAAACUCCAGAGUGCAUAUGAACCUUAUUUUUUUUGAUGGAUCCAAUAACUCCAAAUCUUUAUUUUUGUUUUACUAUAUAUAUAUAUAUAUAUUUUGUUUGUUUUGUUUUGUUUUUGAAUGCUUGUGCAAAUUGCAGUAUAAAUAUUUCAGGCUUCCGAAUGACUCUCAUCAUUUCCAUAGCAGAUGGCCCAUGAAGAAAAAGCUUUUUAAUAGGGUUGUUCCAGGAUAAACUAGGACACCUCAUAAUGCAGAGUAAACGUUUUACAUUCCGAGCCCUUGUCGGAAAGUCUUCGGGCUACUGAUCAAAAGGUUGUGAGGUAAAAAAAAAUCUCUACACGGCCACAGAUUUUAAGUCCUCGUGCAAGAUCUUAACCAUUAUCUCCUCAGUCGUAUCUCGUUUCAGUUGUACAUUGGAUUGGAUAAAAGCAGCAGCCAAAUUAGCAAGAGAGAGUAGAUUUUUACUGAACAGGCAAUCGGAUAUGAUGCCCCAGAGAAAAGGAAAGGCCUCGGUCGUUAAUAUAGGAGUGUACUUUGUAAUGUGGCACAUUGCUCUAAAAUUGCUUUGUGACACAAGUUGCUGUUUAAUAUCAGGGUCACGUUGGUUUAAAUGUAGCUUUCGUUUAUAUUGUGUGAACUAAAUCUUUGGGCACUCACAAAAGAAACGGCAGGAGUCAUCCGGAUUAGGCAGAAAUCCUCUCAGAUUGUGUGUAAUUGAUCUGUAGUGCACCGUGUUCCCCUUCGAGCCACACUGAGGUCUCGUGCAAUGUAUAAACCACAAUAACACACCCUCAAGUUCCCGUCUGUGCAUUCAGUCAUAUCCUUAUUCCAGUUUAGUGAUUUAUUCCAGCCACUUGUUUAACCUCGAGUGCACAUAAAGAUAGGUAUUAAUUCUUACUCUUUCAACUCAAAUGACCUCGCUUAUCUAUUAGAUAUAUUUAAUUCAAAUCAGCAUCAUCCUCCCUCUCCACUACAGCAUGUAAUCAUUCCACAGCAGGGAGUAAAUAAUUUUUGCUCACUAUUCUAUUAACCACUGACAGCUGCCGACUAACAUGCCUCAUAUGUUACAGCUGCAUCAACCCACCACAUCUGCCUGCUACUACAAUACUCCGUGGGCCACUUAAAAGACGGUUUAUGCCAUAAUGCACUUAUUGUACUGCUGUGUUUUUAUACAGCGUUACUUUAUAAAUGAAGCAGUGCUUUAGGCACAUACUGUAUUAUGCAUCCUGCACCACUUGGACAUGAAAGGUGUUGCAACAGUUAAUACCUGAUGAGAUUUCAGUGAAGAAAUUGAGCGGUAGAACAUUAUACUCAAAGUAAGUAUAAGACUUGAAGGGUUAAGGUUUUUUGCCAAAUGUUACCAAAUGCAUCCAAAUAUCUUACAUUGUUUAUGAUGUCUUUGUUCAGGUUUGGAUUUUAAUUCCUACUCAAAUGCACUGUUACCGUCUUCUCUUUAUUCCUUUUUUGUUUGUUUGUUUUUUUUUAUAUAUAUAUAAAGAACUAUGUGUUUCA